CGCGCCAGCGAGCCUCUGAGGCCGAGCAGCUUUUCUUACCGCUGUUUAUAAGGUGAAAACAAACGGCAGCCGCCUUAAAAACUAAAAAACAAAACAAAACAAACAAAAAAAAUAAAAAUAAAAAAAUCAACUCUCCCCACCUCGACCUGGAGACCUUCCCAAGCCUCUCACCCGCCCCAGUAACUGCCACACGGCCGGCAGAGGCGGCUUUGGGAGGAUAAAAGCUGUUGGGGGCGGCGGUUGGGGCCGUUACCUCAGGCUCCUCGCGCAGCGCCAUGCGGCUCUUUCCCUGCGCCGUAGUGCUCUUGGUGCUCUUGGGGGUCCUGCGCCAUGGCGGUGCCUCAGGUCUUCUUGAGCUCUCCUUGGGAAAAUUCAGAAAUGUACUGCUUAACCAGACCAAUCCAGUGGAAGCUGUAAUCAGGAACAUUGCAAGCAAUGUGACUGUUGUUAUUUUUCAAGUACAUGCCCAGCAAAGCAGUGUGGUGAUAUCCUUUGAUAAGAAUCCAUCUGUGAACAGCUCAGGAACUGGAGUAGACAAAGGACUGGUUUCCAUUCUUCGGCCUCAACAGAGCGUAUGUACGUGGUACCUUCGGUCACGGGAUGCUAGCCAGGUGCUCAGCACAGCUAUCUCUAUUCCCUAUAUGGAGAAAGAUCCUAUUCCUGGAGGCUGCAAUCUAGAAUUUGACUUGGAAGUGGAUCCAAAUAUUUACCUAGACUAUACAUUGGUUGAUAUACACAUCAAGUUUGCCCCUGCAAACUUGGGAUAUACCAGAGGAGCAAACCCACCAUCCUGCGAUUCAGGGACUGGUCAGAACUCCAGAUGGCGACUGCGCUAUGAUGUCUACCAGUACUUCUUACCAGAAAACGAUCUUUCUGAAAUGGUACUCAUGAGCCACAUACGGAAGAUGUCUGAGGUGCAAAGUAUCAAAGCCAAUGGCAUUAAAAUGCUUACACUGACAACUGAUGACAAGACCAAUGUCUACUUUUCCUCACUUCCUGGACAAGGUGUGAUCUACAAUGUCAUAGUAUGGGAUCCUCUUUGGAAUACUUCUGCUGCAUACGUACCUGUGCAUACAUAUGCCUGCAGCUUUGCUGACCUAGUGGAUAACUGCUCUUCUCUCAGUAAACUCUCUACCAAAGUAUUCUUCACUGCUCUUGCUGUUCUUGGUCUUUUCACUUGCUUUUUUGGACACAGAUUCUGGAAAACAGACUUACUCUUCAUGGGCUUCAUAUUCACAGCAUUCUUCUUCUUUGUAUUCAUUACGAGGGUAACUGGCCUUGGUUAUGAUGUGCGUCUUACUUUCACAGCAGUAGCUGGAAUUAUUGGAGGGCUUUUCCUGGUUGCCAGCUGGUGGAGAUUUGGCUCUGUUCUACUCUGUAUGUUUAUUAUUGGACUUGUGCUGGGAUUUCUCUUUUCAUCGAUGGUCUUCUUUACUCCACUAGGAGACUACAGGGUCUUCCGUGAUGAUGUGGUGUUCUGGGUGACCUUUUCUUCUGUGGCCUUGAUGAUUCCAGUGCUUUUUGUUGGCUGUCCAAGAAUUCUGAACAUACUGGCCUCUGCAAUGGUAGGCUCUUAUACAGUGAUCCUAGCUAUUGCUUGUUAUGUCUACACAAGUCUUGCUUACAUCACCUUAGACCUACUCAGAAGGGUCCUCAAUGAUUACUUCAGCAGAGCUUACACCAAUGUGCCUUUUCAAACAAAUGACUUCAUUAUCCUGUCAGUGUGGACAAUGCUGGCCCUCGGCGGAGUAACUGUGCAGCUUCGCCGAGAGAGAAGUGAAGUGCCCUUUCCACCACACCCCUAUCUCACCUGGAAGCGGGAAAGGGAGCGCAGAAGCACCAAUGUCUUAGACCCUAGCCAUCAUAUCCCUCCCUUAAGAGAGAGGAUCCAUAACAAGCUACUGCAUAUCAAAGAGUUUUUUCAGAAAGAGCAGCCAGCUGGGGAAAGAACUCCGUUGCUUCUGUAACUUGCCGAAUAACUGGUGGGAACACAGAGGAGGUAUCUAGGAAUGGUGAGAUGAGUGAUCAUCAGCAAACCAGCCAGUGGUGCAGGAUUUACCACUGCCAAUUUGUCCUCCUUAAGAGGAUUAUAUUUGCCCAACCUGGAAGAAAAGUUAUAUCUGGUACACUACAUGCUGUUUUGUGACACUUUCCUCAAUGGCCCACUGAGCCUGCUGUAACGUGUAUGUCUAGCUGCAGAAUCUUGUACUAAUGGUCAAGUACAGGUAUUUAUCUUGUGGUGAUCUAGUUUGAUGUUUAGGUAUGUGAAAUAUAAAACAGCCCUUGGAAAGCAACCUGUACAAUGCCGGUUCUUCCCUCGCAGUGUGGAAACCACUGCUGAAAUAUUGCCUGACUCGCUCCUGAAGAUGAGCAGUCUGUCAGAUUGUGAGGGAUGAGAGAUAAGGACCAUACACAGAAAGAGUUCUUCUAGCAGGAGCUGAAGUAUCACCUUCUAACAUAGGUACAAAAUUUGUGGCUGCAGAUACAAUUGUUUCCAAGAAGUAUUACUGAACCUUGCAAGCUAAACUAAGUGACUUGAAUUUAAACUGCACUGAAUUAACUGUUGUAAGUGUGCACACUGAGGGUCAGGAAGUGGACUUGAUCUGAGACAAGAAGACUUUCUCCCUUGCUUUCGGAUGGUUCUGUAGCAAGCUGGUCAUCUGGCCUUUGUGCAGAGAUGACUGCUAAGAGAACACAAGAGGUUUGCCUCCUUGUUUGCUUUCUGAACAGCCCGUGUCUUGUUUCUGCUCUGGUAUAAUCUUUUUUCUGAUGGUGCUGUCAUAAAAGAAAAAACCAAAAUAAGCUCUCUGUAGCCAAUGGCACUUUCUUUUCCCUGGAAUUGGUUGAAACACUAUUUUUAUUUUUAAUUAAUAUAUCUUUUAAUUUUUCCUUUAAGGGGUGAAAACAGCAUCCAGCUAGCAAAAUACUGACCAGGAUGCUUCCUGACUGAAUGUGUUCCUUACCAAUUUGGAUUGCAUCUGCCCAAAGCAGAAUGUAGUAUAAAAACAUAUAAGGGACCACUCUUGUGUUCAGUGGAGGAUUGUGAUCUUGUGGUGGCUUUAUUCGUUUCCUUAAAACCAAAACAAACAGCCAUUUUCAAAAUGCAAACCAGAGCACUGUGCUUUUAGUUCACAUAAAUGCACAAGCAGUCCUGAGGCUGUCCUUGGUUUUACCUGCCCUUGUACCUGUUACCAAUCCUGGUCUUCACAUUCAGUGUUUACGCGGUGAUCUGUCAUGUGUUAAAUGAUGGCUGAAGACUUGCGUCCUGUAUCUUGAUGCAGCUCGUGGUGGCUCUUGUUCUUCUCGCUGUCUUUGUACCUUUAGUGCGGGCAGCAAAGUACAUAGUCCUUCCUGUCUGAAGGUGAAUGGCUGUUCUGCUGUCGGAAUGGAACCACCAUGAGUGAAUACCCUAGUGGUGGAAACUUAAGUUCUUGGCCACCACUUUAAGUUCUUGGUGGUAAGUAUGUAAGAAACAACUCUUCGUAAGGAAACCGGCAAAAGAACUUUAUCUGGGAAGUUAGUUGAAAGUUAUACCACCCUGGCAAUAGAAAGGAAUGAAUGACUUUAAAAUGACUCUGCUUACUGGCCAUUUUUCUUUAAGGAGUGAAAGCUUAAUGACAUAGUGUCUGAGGUGACUGAGUUCAUCUGAUGUUUAGAGAGACAAAUCCCAUGAUUGCUUAGAGCUGGAACAUCUGCCUCAAACAGCAGAGCAAGGCUGAAAUUCUGCAAUUUGGGUCUUGCUUCACUGUGCUGCUGUGUGGCACAUGGAGGUAAAUGAGGAGCUCUUUUCCCUGCCCUCUGGCAGACUGAUGCUUGCUGACUGCCCUUACUGCACUGAUACUGAGCAUGUCUUUGCUGUAUUUGAUGGCAAGUAGCAAACACUUAAUUUGGUAUACAAAUGCUCUUAAACAUGUUUACCUAGGGUUUUUUAUAACUGCUGUGAUUAACAUUGUGGAAGAAACAAGUUUAACUCUAAUUUUCUAUAUCUUUUAUAAUAAAGAUGUCUUUUGAAAGAA